GGACAAGCUACAAGCAGCUCCUAAGAGUUAGAACAAAUUUUAGAAGGCAAACUAGCUUUUAACAACUUUUUCUAAGAGAGACACGCACAUUGAAGGGGGCGAAGUACUGUAGAAGAAGAGGUGGAAAACGAGAAAUGGCGAGCGUUGCUUAUGUGUUAUGUUCCUUACUCAGCAUUUUCUUGAACUUGGAGAGUUGCAUUGUUGAGUACAAGCAGCAGCAGCCUCCAUUAAUACAAGUGAAUGAGCGCAAACCCUUGUUUGUCUUCGGCGAUUCUCUGUUUGAUCCUGGAAAUAAUGUUUACGUCAAAACUGAUCUGAAACUGACUUCAAUUUAUUGGCCUUACGGGGAAACUUUCUUCCACCGUGCUACCGGCAGAUACUCCGACGGCCGCAUUGUCCCUGACUUCAUCGCUACAUUUGCAGGCUUGCCUAUCCUUCCACCGUAUCUGGAACCAAAACCCCACGUGUUCACUGAUGGAGCUAACUUUGCUUCCGGUGGAUCCUGUGUGCUUUUUAAUUCAUCCGCAUAUAUCGAUUUACCUAUCCAGGUGAUAUACUUCAAGCGUGUGGUAGGGUUACUGAAAAAGCAAGUCGGUGAAACCCAAGCCAAGAGGAUUCUGACCGACGCUGUCUACUUGUUCAGCUCUGGGGGCAACGAUUAUGCCAAAUUUUACCGCAAGCAUCCUGAUGCUAAUGAGGAAAGCAUGAGAGCUUUCGUGAAACUAGUGAUCGGCCAGUUGCAUAAUUAUCUCCUUGAAAUAACGAGGUUGGGAGCCAAGAAAAUUGCAUUUCAGAACGUGGGACCCAUGGGAUGUAUUCCAGCGAGCAGAUUAUCAGAUGGGCAGUGUAAUGAAAAGGAAAAUGCAUUGGCGAGAGAGAACAACAAAGCUCUGGUACUAGUGAUGAAGCGGCUAGAGAGGGAGGUACCUGGAUUCAAAUACUCCAUAUUGGAUUACUAUAAAGCAAUGGAAGACAAAAUUUUCAACCCUCAUGAAUAUGGGUUUAAGGAGGGGCAAAUAGCGUGCUGUGGAGGAGGGGCAUUCAGAGCAAAGUUUGUGUGUGGAGGAUACGGGGAGUACCCAUUUGAGCUGUGCAAGAAUCCAUUCGAGUACGUCUGGUUUGAUUCAAAACACACCAGCGAAGGGGCCAAUUUACAACUGUCUCGAUUGAUAUGGGAAGGAGGGCCACUCAAUAUUACCUACCCUUACACUGUCCGCCAACUCUUUCAACUUUGAUGCUCGCGCGCGCACCCCCCCUGGCUAGGGUCUUAAAUAAUUACCCUACACACUAUCAUCGAUAAGUACUUCAUUCUAUGUUUGCCAGUCAGUUAAGUAAAUCCCAAAUAAUCGAUAUUAUUAUAUGGGUCUUGCCAUAUAUACGCAGGGACCUCCUGUUCUUAUCACUUCCUUCUAACAUGCAAAUGAAUUUUAUUAUUGUUUUUAUUCAAUAUGCUUCUUCCUUGUGCC